GUCCAAACCACCCCAACCAAAGAGAAGAGCUAUGCAAACACCAUACUCCAUAGCCAAAUUCGAAAUCAAGAAGACACGGUCCAAGGAGGAAGAUUAAAGAAGGAAAAGUGAGGGAAAAAGUAAAGGAUUAAGGUAAUAACCUUAUAACAUCAUUUUCAUUUCUCAUCUAAUCCGCUAUGAAUUAUACAUCAUAUGGAGGACCCCUAGGAUUGUUUGACAUGUUUAGAGGUGUAGAAUGAGAGGUUGGAAGUUAGUUCUAAGUCCAAGAACGGACAUAGAAGCCAAAGUGACCAGUUCGAUUGAAGAUAAUCUUUUAGAGGUUAUUUGUGUUGUCAUAAACUUGCCUAAGGUAUUCCUUGAGCUUUUCGCGGAGUUGAAAGAAUCGCCGGAGUGCAACAAAGUUCCCCGGAGUUUCGUUGGAGUUCAACUUAGAAGGGUAGAACGAAUUAAAGUUCAUUCAAGAUGGAUCGUCCUAGAUAUUCGGUUGAUAUGGGUAACCUCGAGCGCAACCGAACGAACGAGCUUGCGAGGAAGAGAUCCCGCAAAGGUAAAUCACAUCUCGGCUCUUCAUCUCAAAGUCAAGAUGAUUUUGAUACGGGUUACGUAAGGAGGGAUGGGGAUGCGAUGACCGACGAACAACUAGAACAAGAAUUGCACCGACAUAAUUCCCGCUUUUUUCAAGACCAACCGAGGACCAUUGACGAAGAAGAGCUCGAGGACGAGGACGACGAUGUGGAGGAAGCAAUUCCGGAGAGCCACGACGACGAGGAGGAGGAGGGUGGCGGCAGCCAUGACGCCGACCAAGCAGCCUCAUCCCAAACAGGUACAAAAAAAAGUAAAUCUGAAUUAAUGGCUAAUAAUUUUUCUAAGUGGAAGGACCCGAACACCGGGAAUUGGACCGCAACUUGCAAUUGGUGCAAGAAAAACUAUAGCUUGGGGAUUUCCGGCGGAUACGGAUCCGCCACAAGACACCUUAAGUCCAAACACCCGGUGGAGUAUGCAAAAUUAGGCGGCGGAACGGGGAAGCAAACGCAAAUAUCGAGGUUUGCAAAUAAUCAACAAGCUUUUGGUAAUUUCUCAUACAAUGAUGCACAAAAUUUGACAGGUAUGGCUAACUUACUUGUUGAAGAAAAUUUGCCUUAUUUGUUUUCUGAAAGUCUUGCUUUUCGUGAUUAUGCACAAACUUGUUUAAAUCCGCAAUAUAGAGGUUAUAAUUUACAUUAUUUGGGUCUGACUGUACAUUAUAUUGAUAAUGAUUGGCAUAUGCAUAAACGUGUUCUUGCUUUCCGUGAAUUUAAUGAUCGUCACACCGCUGAACAUAUUUAUAUUUUGAUUGAACGUAUUUUAAUUGAGUAUAAUUUAAUUGAUAAGGUGUUUGCUAUUGGUUUUGAUAAUGCUACUAAUAAUAGUGCUGCUAUUCCUAGAUUGCGUGAAUUGUGUGGUUCUACUUCUUUGAUGGGUAGAUUUUUCAUCAACGAUGUGCAUGUCAUGUUCUAAAUUUAUGUGUGCAAGAUGGUCUAAAAGCGUUGGGAGCAUCGUUGGAGGUAGUCAAGGGGGGGAUUAGACGUAUUUGGGGUAAUGGACACCUUAGGAAAAAAUGGCAUGAUUAUUUGAUAGAAAGAGGUGAGCGAUAUGUGGCUUUUCCAAAAGAUUUGUCUAUUCGUUGGAAUAGUACCUAUAAGUUAAUUGGAGUUCUUCUUAGAUAUAAACAACAUUUUCCUGCUUUUAUGAAACAAUAUGAUAACUAUAUUAUAAACUCGGCUGAGAUCGACACCUGUGAAAAAAUUUGUAAUGCUUUGAUAUAUUUUAAUAAUGCAACUGAAACUUUUAGUCAUGUUUAUAAACCUACCUCAAACCAAUUUAUUCGUGAAGCUGUUAAUCUCGCCAGUGCUUUUUCAAAUUUUGAGAAUGCUGAUUAUGUGAAUUAUUUUGCUGGUUUUAUGAAGGAAAAGUUUUUAAAAUAUUAUUCACAUAUUCCGCAUAUUUAUGGUAUUGCAUUUGUUCUCGAUCCUCAUUUUAGACUUGGUUCUUUAGAAGAAUGUUUGAAUUAUUAUUAUGCUGCUUUUUUUGGUCCAUUGCCAAUGUAUGAGGACAACCCAAUUGAUCCGAAAAAAGAAUACAACGAGGUUAGUGAUAUAUUUUAUGCAUUAUUCAAUGAGUUUCAUGCACAAUAUGGCAAUGCGCCCCCUCCCCCGACACAAACAUCAUCUAAAGGAAAAUCAAUUUUCAAAUCUACGUUUGCCAAUCUUAUUAAAAAAACAAAAUCAACUCCCGCUACACAACAAAGCACAAUUAAUGAGAUUUCUUUGUAUUUAACUUAUGAUGUUGAUUUUGAAGAAGAUGAUGAUUUUGACGUACUAAACUGGUGGAAGGGAAAAGAAAGAAUGUUCCCGGUUUUAGCAAAGAUGGCUAAGCAAGUGCUAUCAAUGCCGGUUUCAACGGUUGCCGUGGAACAAGAAUUUAGUUCGGCCGGCAAUGUUCUAACACAAACCAGAACGAGGUUGAGCGCUGAAUCUCUUGAGAUGCUUAUAUGCUACCACGAUUGGUUGAAAGCAGCACGUAGAGCUCAAGAAAUUGACAUCACUCCAUCCCAACACUUUAUGGAUGAAUCUACAGAGGGUGGCUCUACUUAUGCCGGAGAUUCCGAUUAAAAACAAUUCUAGUUCCUAUUUAAUUUUCAAAUGUAGUUCCUAUUUCAUUUCAAAUAAAUGCACUUGAAGUUUGUUUUUUAAUACUUGUAUAAAACUAUAUAGUAUAAAAUAUAAAUUUAAAAAAAAAAAUUACCCGGCCCGACCCGGCCCGGCGGGUGGCCCGACCCGUGACCCGGGCGGGUGGCCCGACCCGAACCGGACCCGUCCAACCCUCGGGCCGGUCCCGGGCCCACUAUUCUAGAACCGGCGACCCGACCGGGCCUAGGCCCGGCCCGGGCCCGGGCCCGGCCCGAAUCCAUCCCUACACAAGAACGUCCGAUCGAAAGUGGCGGGGAAUAUGGAUCUAGCAGACGAUAUUUCGCUACCGAAAAUAAUACCUCCAAACAACGUUGGGAAAGAAACACAUGAAUAAAACUGAAAACACUGAUUAAGAAGAUGUUUUACUGUUAUUGAAAUCAAAGAAAAUUAAAAGAAGAGAAGAAAAGAAGAGAAAAAGAGGAGGCGGCGGCUAGGGUUUCCCCAUGCCAUUGCCGCUCCUCUCCCCGUGCAGGUACUUCUAACAACCUCAAUAUGCACUAUAAUAGUUGAUAUGUUAGAUCGUACAAGUUUUUACAUGUUAUGAAUUGUGCUUAUUUUUUCAAGGUUCUCUACAAUUGACUUCUCCAUUCGGAUCUAAAAGAGUUUUUUAAUUAAAAUUAAACGUUGACCAUUACAACCGGACUUCAGUUGGGGUGGGGGUUGAUGGGUAUACACUUUACCAGCUUUUCUGUUUCUAGUAUGGUUUUUGCAGAAACGAAUCAUUCAGAUUUGAAUAGCUUAGCCCCUGGCU